CCGACGCAUCCGGUGUCCUCCGUGCAGAAGGAAUGGCGACCUACACGUUAAUGCGAAGCAGUCUGGGACUGUUAAAUGGUCUAAAAUGUUCUUUUAAAAGUGUAGGACAGAUUCCGUACGGGGCAGCCGCUGGAGCAAUUACCCAGUCGAAAGUGUUGCAAAAUGCAAGAUGGUAUGCUGUUAGCCACCUCUCUGUGCAGGAGAGAAUUGAUAAGAAGCGAAAUGCAGCGCUUGCAGGGGGAGGACAACAGAGAAUAGAUGCACAGCAUAAAAGGGGUAAACUGACAGCGCGCGAGAGAGUGGAGCUCUUGCUUGACCCUGACUCGUUCGUGGAGUAUGACAUGUUUGUGGAGCAUCGCUGUUCUGACUUUGGCAUGGAGGCAGAUCAUAACAAGUAUCCAGGGGACAGCGUUGUGACUGGACAGGGCAGGAUCAAUGGCAGACUAGUCUAUGUUUUCAGCCAGGACUUCACUGUGUUUGGAGGCAGUUUAUCGGGAGCCCAUGCGCAAAAGAUCUGCAAGAUCAUGGACCAGGCAAUGAUGGUUGGAGCUCCAGUUAUUGGUCUCAAUGAUUCUGGUGGAGCCCGAAUUCAGGAAGGUGUUGAGUCCCUGGCAGGAUAUGCUGAUAUUUUCUUGCGUAAUGUGAUGGCAUCUGGUGUAGUUCCUCAGAUAUCUCUCAUCAUGGGCCCAUGUGCUGGGGGUGCCGUGUACUCACCUGCCCUCACAGACUUUACUUUCAUGGUGAAGGACACGUCCUACCUCUUUAUCACAGGCCCAGAUGUGGUUAAAUCUGUUACUAAUGAAGAUGUUACCCAGGAGGAGCUCGGUGGAGCAAAAACCCACACUGCAAUAUCUGGGGUUGCCCAUCAGGCCUUCGAGAAUGACAUUGAUGCCCUUCUGAAUUUACGAGACUUUUUCAACUUCCUCCCAUUGAGCAACAAAGAUCCUUCUCCUGUUGUUGAGUGCCAUGAUCCCAGCGAUCGCCUGGUUCCUGGUUUGGACACUGUUGUUCCUUUUGAAAGCACUAAAGCCUAUGACAUGCUGGACAUCAUUCAUGGUAUCGUAGAUGAGAGAGAAUUCUUUGAGAUCAUGCCCAACUAUGCCAAAAAUAUGGUUGUGGGUUUUGCCAGGAUGAAUGGCCGUACAGUAGGCAUAGUAGGAAACCAGCCAAAAGUGGCAUCUGGCUGCUUGGACAUAAACUCAUCUGUUAAAGGGGCUCGCUUUGUGCGGUUCUGUGAUGCUUUCAACAUUCCCAUCGUCACAUUUGUAGAUGUGCCUGGAUUCUUGCCAGGCACAGCCCAAGAGUAUGGAGGCAUCAUCAGACAUGGAGCCAAACUGCUUUUUGCUUUUGCAGAGGCGACAGUUCCAAAAAUCACAGUAAUCACUAGAAAGGCUUAUGGAGGUGCUUAUGAUGUGAUGAGUUCCAAACAUUUAAGAGGAGACAUCAACUAUGCUUGGCCAUCUGCUGAAGUCGCAGUGAUGGGUGCAAAGGGUGCUGUUCAAAUCAUCUUCAGAGGAAAGGAGAACCAAGCUGAGGCUGAAGCUGAAUAUGUGGAGAAGUUUGCCAAUCCUUUCCCAGCUGCUGUCAGAGGGUUUGUAGAUGACAUCAUUCAACCCUCGCUCACACGCAAGAGGAUCUGCAGAGAUCUGGAGGUGCUGGCCAGCAAAAAACAGACCAACCCCUGGAAAAAACAUGCUAACAUUCCUUUGUAAAUCUUUGCCCGACACUACUUAUUAAUGGCAUUUUACAAAGAUUAUCCAUUGAUUGUUAGACACAUAUUGAAGAGAAACUCAUGUUUUUUUACACAUGGUUCUUCGUGCCUUAUCCCUGUUACCUGUUUGCAUCAUGCAGUUGAUGCAAACAGGUAAACACAAAAAAAUAAUAAAACACUCCCACAGAUAAUGAUUACAUAUUUAAUAUUUUUCUGAAAAAGUGAAUUUUCCAUAAGUUCACUGAAGAAAAGUUUUAGAACAGUUUUCCAUUAAAAGGGAAAGUGGUACAGCAGAUUGUACAAAAGAAAACCUUUAUCGAAAAUUUACAAUUUACAGGUAAACUAGCAAAUCUAACCAAGGCUUGGAUGGAGCGUAAUAACAAUCAUGGGAAAACUCAUGUUGUUGACCGUAUGACAUUUAACUUUUAGAGACCACAGGACCAUAAAGUACUUAAACUGAGGCAUUCAGUGUAACAAUACUUGAAUCUGCCUCGCUUGAAACAUGGCACAGCUGGAAUUUCUGUUUGAUCCAGACAAGAACAACUGACAAAAACCCUCCUUGUUUUAUCAAUAAUACAUAUUCAAACAGACCUGUAUAGACAUUUCACACAAAUAAAUCUUAACCUCACUGAAAACUAAAUCUACUGAAAAUAAAGGAUAAAAAACUGACCAUUUAAAUGAUUUGCAAGCAAAAAUACACAACAUGUAAUGCCUUUUUAGGACAAUUGUGCAGUACAGAGACAUCUUGGGCUUUGAGCAUGUAUUUGACAAUAUUAAUAACUCAACCGCAACAACAGUCUGACCAAACUUUUCCCACAACUGCGGUUUAACUUUUGCCCUUUACCCUAAUUUACAACUAUUGAAAACAAGAGAAUGUUAUUUUUAUGUAUUAAUGUAGUGGAUUUACCAACAUUUACUACUGUUUGGGUUGGCUUGUUGACCUUUUUGUAAAAACGACUCCAUAAUCUAACUGUACAGGGCAUCUACAUAGUAGGAUGGAUAAACACAAAUAUGUACAUCUUAAACAUAUGGGACUGUACAUUCUUACAUGAUAGAUUCGUACCACAAUGUAAAUCCCAUCCAGUGUGAAUCAAAUGAGCUGACCAAAACAUACUAUUCAACAGAACAAUUCACCAUAUGUGACAUAAUUGGACUGCAUCUGUUAAAAUAAUCUCUGACAGAAUAAAAGGUCCUCUGAUGUGGAGUUUGAUAAAAGAGGAUGAUUGAGGUUUUGUGGAAAGUUUGCUCCAGAACCACUGAAACUGGACACCAGUGCCUCCACUGUUUGAGUUUGUUUGCUCCUUUGAGAAAGUCUCAAACCUUGUCUCUUAUUCCAUCUGUUGUGGCACCUCAGAACAUGGGCAUUGUAAAGCCCUGAAAAAAGAAAUAACAUUCAUUAAUAUGGAGUGAUUAUUUGCACUAGGUGUAAAUAGCACCUGCCACACAGCAUGGCUAUUUGUACUCCAAUAGUCUAGUAGAAACACUGUGUUGCUGCUGUGGCGUGGGGUGUAAUGAUGAUGUGGAUGUGCUUUUUUUUUUUUUUUUUUGUGCAGACAAUCAGGGCUCGAUUCUGCCUUUUGUCCCACUUUUUCCCCAUCCUAUCUACAGUCUCCACUCAUAUUUCCUUCAAUACUACUUAUAAUAGUAAAUAACAUGAAUUAAUUAAUGUUGCUUCCUCGGAGUGAUUUGGUCAUGGUGAAGGUGAGAGAAAUGUUUUAUCUAAGUAAAAUUAACCAUAGUUUAACUAAAGUAAUAUUGUAGUAACCAUAUUUUUUUUUGUGGAAGCCAUAUUUUUUAUGAAAUAAACCAUGGUAUUUCUAUAGUCAUAUGGUGUUAAUAUAGCAUUGUGUGGUUACUAUGAUUUUACCACAAAAAAAUCAUAGUGAUACUUUAGUUCCUGUAGUAAAAACAUGGUUCAUUUUUGUUUUGGAAGGUUAGGGGUUGGUGUGAGACUCUAAAUAAACAUGCUGCAGUGAUCCCCCUAUACUGUACUGUAUGU